AUGUCCACCGAUCCGUCUGGUCCAACGUCUCCCGAACCAAAGAGAACUAAAAUCGAGGAAACUGAGCAAGAAGAGAAGAAUGUGGAAAUGGAGACAGCAACAACUACAGAAGUCGCCGAAGAGCCACCAGUCCCAUUAAGGAAAGAAGACGUGGAACCAAAGCCGAGCACUGGAUCAGAGACGGAUCCAAGCUCGGCACGCACCUCGAUUCUCCCUUCCAGAACAUCAGAUACAGUCGGCGAAGAAGUUUCGAUCAGUAUUAAUAUCAGUGAAGCCAAAGAUGAACCGACCAAAGAUGAACCGGAUGGUGUUUCUCGAAGUGCCACGACAAUCACUGAACACAGUUUGGAGAAUUCGGAUGAGGAGCGAACAAUGGUUGAGUAA